GGCCUCAAACUUUCAACUAAACCCUUUCCCUUCUUUUCAACUGCCGCCCUUCAAAGCUUGUCUACCGGCGGCGCGGCGUACCGGUAAUUGAUCUGCAGUGAUGGCGGGGACGAAGAGAAAAAGCAGAGAAGGAAAUGGACAAAACAAAGGAAGAGACUUUAAAAAGAAAAAUCAAGGUUCAAGUGGAGGUAGUGGAGGAAAAGAUGGUAGAAGAAAAAGGGUCGGUCCUCGUUUGCCUAAUGCUAUGUUAAAGGAGCUUCAAUUACCGAAACGGUACGCAGAUUCCGAUGAAGAAAUUGGUUCUGAUGAUGCUCUUAAUGACUUGUAUGAGUAUGAAGAAGGGGUUGCUGAAGAGGAGUCCAGGAAGAAUAGACGUUUUGACACAGUUGAAAAUUACCAAUAUGAGCUUCCUGAGGAAUUUGAGGAUGAAAAUGUACCUUCGGAUGAAGAAGAUGGUGAGGAUGAUGAGGGUGGUCAGAGAGGAGAUGAAGAGGAAGAGGAAGAAGAUGAUGGAAGACAUUCACGAUUGUUGCAAGAAAUUACUGGACUUCCAACUGAUGCUUUUGAUGGCAAGAAGAAGAAAAAUGAUGUUAUCAUAUCUGAGGCAUAUUCAGAGUCCGAGUAUAAUCCCAGUCGUGAUAUUUUGGAUGGGGAUGGCCGGAUUAGCAUCCAGGAUCUUCUGGACCCCCUCCAUGGGAAGUCUGACCAUAGCAAACUUAGAAAGAGCAUGAGUCGGAUGGAGAAGAAGUCCAUGCCUAUUCAUGCACCUCUUCCGAAACCAGAUCAAGAAAGAUUGGAAAGAGAUGCUGCUUAUGGUUUUAUCCAGAAGGAUGUUACAAAAUGGGAACCUCAUGUCAAAAGAAACAGAGAGGCACCGACUAUAUAUUUUGGCAAAGAUAAGGACGUGGGAUAUUCUACUGUAGGAGAAAUCGCUGCUGAAUUUGAACCAAGAAGUGAUUUUGAGAAAAAAAUUGCUUCUCUUUUUAAUGACCACGAGGUUGUUGAAGCUCAUAGAAAAGAUGGUGCAAGACUUCUUGAACUUAAUAAGAUAUCUGUAGAAGAUCUGAAGGAGCGCCAAGACCAGCUUGCUAAGAUGCGUAGUCUUCUUUUCCGUCAUGAAAUGAAGGCAAAACGAGUCAAGAAGAUAAAGUCAAAAGUGUAUCAUCGUUUGCUAAAAAAGGAUAGAUUGAAACAAGCAGGUACUACAAUUGAAACAGAUCCAGAAGCAGCCAAAGAGCAGGCCAUGAAACAAGAAUUCAAAAGGGCAGAGGAACGCUUGACCCUGAAGCACAAGAACAGCUCCAAGUGGGCAAAGCGCAUCUUAAAACGUGGAUUGGAUGUGCAAGAUGACGGAACACGAGCUGCUAUUGCUGAACAACUGAAUCAACAUGCCCUUUUGUCCAGAAAAGCAAAUAACAUGAACGAGAGCAGUAGUAGUGAAGAAAGCAGUGAUGAGGAUGACCUUGAUGAGGCUUCUGAUGGAUCAGAUCAGGAUGCUGCAGUAAAACUGUUGAAGAAAGCAAAGGACAAGACUGCUGAAGUCUUAGAAGGGGACGAAGAAUUGCCAGCGUCAGGAGUGCUUUCCUUACCUUUCAUGGUACGUGGAUUAAAAAGAAGGAAAGAGGCGGCCGAUGAAGAAGCAAAACUUGCUCUAGAAGAGUUUGAGUCAUCAUUGAAGGAAUUAGAAGACAAGAACGAGCCAAAAACUCAAGGAACAAAUAUUUUGACUGGUAGGAGGGUUUUUGGUGCUCAAAAAAAGCAGGCACCUGAACCCAAAAAGAAAGCGACAUCAGACAAUUAUUAUGGCGACAGUGAUAGUGAAGGUGAGACAGAUGCCAGAGAAAAUGGCAUCAAUGCUCAUGAAGAAAAUAAUAUUUCUCAGAGGGAAGUUCAUUUUGAUCCCAAUUUACUUCGUGAAGAGUCUGAGAUUAAUCAUGAUUCUCUGUUUAAGAGUUUUGACGACAUUGCGAGAGACCCAGGCUCAAAGACAUCAUACGAAGUUUCCAUUUUUGCAGCCGACUCAUGGAAAAAGAUGAAUGAUUCAUCAGCUAAAGGGAAGCAAACAAAAUCUGCAAAUGCAAAGAGUGCAAUCUCUUUACAGAUCACAGAACCUGUUGAGAGUAAACCUGAUGGGGAGGAAAUUGAUGAGGAUAGUGAUACAGAUAGUGGGGGAGAAAUGGUUGAUGGAAUUUUAACAUCUGGGACUAAGUCCACAUAUGAAAUCCCAUCUCAAGAAGAACUUAUUCGGCGUGCUUUUGCUGGUGAUGAUGUUGAAGACGACUUUGAGAGAGAAAAACAAGAUGCAUUGAAUGAGGAAGUUCCAGAGCCUGAGAAGCCCGUUUUACUGCCUGGUUGGGGACAGUGGACCAAUAUACAAAAGAAGAGAGGUCCGCCUUCUUGGAUGCUUGAAGAACAUGAUAAUGCCAAAAAGAAAAGGGAAGAAGCUCUCAAAAAGAGAAAGGAUGCUAAUCUGAAUCAUGUUAUCAUCUCCGAAAAGAGGGAUAAGAAGGCUGAGAAGUUAUACACGCCAACAUUACCUUAUCCGUUUACAUCCCAAGAAAUUUUUGAGGGGAGCAUUCGGAUGCCCAUUGGACCUGAAUUCAACCCCGGAACAGCAGUUCCAGCUCUUAUUCGCCCAGAGGUGGUAAAGAGGAGCGGUAGUAUCAUAAAGCCAAUCAAAUUCAAGGAGGUAAAUCCCCAUGAAAAAGCACAAGACCACAAACGUGGUGGUGUGCAGAAAAGGAAGGGUGGUAAAAGUAAGGGCAAAGCCACAAAAUAGAGGACUGUGUGGACCAGAAACAUGAGGUUUGACAUUCUCACGAAGAAAUCUUUAUGGCGAUUCUGCAGUUCCGAGAUCCCUUGGUUGAUAAAUCACUACUCGGGGUCUUUCUUGCCAUGUUCUUGUUUCGUCUUCACAGUUAUAUGGUAGAGUUUUUUCUUUGUUGCAGUUUUACACAAUGAAGGCUCGCGAAUCAUGAUAAUGCGGAGGCUUUACUCUCCACAGAUGCAGCAAAAGGUUUUUUUUUUUUGGUUCUAAUGUAAUUCUUUAGCAGAUGGUUAUAUAGUUCUUGUGAGUGUACCAAGUGAAGUAGCUAUUUUGGGAUUUGAAGGUAUUUAAAAUGUAUAAUUGGUUCAAGUGAAGCAGAGGGGAUGCAAAAGUUUUGUUUCAUUUGUUGCAA